AUCGACACGUCCUACUGUAUUUAAUAACAACAUUUCAGGAAGUCUGUGAUUAACACAAGUGUUCAUGGUCCUGUUUAGGAGUUUGAUUUUCAACAAAAAGAGAGAGAGACAGAUUAUUUAUUGAUCCAGAGGGAAAUUCAAGCUCCAGCUGAUACCUGGAGUUGAACUUGAACCUCUUCAGAUGCAAAAUGAAGACACUAAAAUAAUAAGCAGCUACUUUGUCGAAUGGAUCCCCAAUAAUGUGAAGACCGCAGUGUGCGACAUCCCCCCUUGCGGUUUGAAAAUGGCCGUAACCUUCAUCGGCAACAGCACAGCCAUCCAGGAGCUGUUCAAGCGCAUCUCCGAGCAGGUCACCGCAAUGUUCCGUCGUAAAGCUUUCCUCCACUGGUACACAGGUGAAGGCAUGGAUGAGAUGGAGUUUACAGAGGCUGAGAGCAACAUGAAUGACCUGGUGUCCGAAUACCAGCAGUACCAGGAAGCCACCGCCGAAGAGGAGGGCGAAUUCGAGGAAGAGGCAGAUGAAGAUGCGUAAAACAAAAAAGAAAAAGGAAAGAAAUGGUCAAAGUGCAAAAAAGUGCAACCCAAAACAUGCUACAGGUCUCCAGAACAGUUGAUAGUCAAGGUCAGUUAAAUACAAUCAAUCAAUGAACCUGUCCAGGGACGACAGGUGGAAAUUAGCACUGAUGCUACAACCUGAUGUACAGUGCAUCUCUCCUGUCAAGGUUAAUGCGAAAAUUGUGCGCUGUCCCUGUCUCAAAUAAAAAAAAAAUAAAUAAAUAAAUAAAAUAAAACAUAAGCUGAUGUCAUGGGGCCACCACACAGGCCAAAAUGCUGACCUGAGGUGGACCUGAGGUGGACCUGAGGUGGACCUUGGAUGUCCAUCUCAAACC